AUAUAAUUCUCAAGAAUCGAACUUGAAUCUUAUCUUUUGGUACUUCUUGUCUUGCUAAUUCCAUAAAAAUUUAUAAUCACAAGAAUAGGGGUUUAGUAUAAACAAAAGAGAGAUCUCAUCUGAUCACUGAAAUGGAACUCGAGCUCGGUCUGGCUCCGGCGUCCCAUCGUUUCCUGGACAUGACCGGAGAUUCUGACUUGAACGGCGGCGAUAAAUCCGUGCCGGAGAAGAACCAGGCCGAGACGGCGAUGAUGAGGAAGAAGAAGAAACGGAGUUUCGAUGAGGCGGCGUCUGAGAGCUCCGGGCGGCCGGAGAAAAGAACGCUUGCUCUGUUUCGAUGGGGCGGGAAGGGAGAUGAUGGCGAGGAGGACGAUGGAAAUGACGCAGAGAAGUUGAGGAAUUGCCUUGUUCAUCAAAGGAGGUUUGAGGAAGAAAGCACAAUAGUGGGGUGGCCACCCAUAAGAUCAUGGAGGAAGAGGGCUCUACAUGAGCAGCAGGGGCACCAAUGGGGUGAAGAUGGAGGGUGUGGGCAUUGGGAGAAAAGUUGAUCUAAGUCUCUAUCAUUCUUACCAAGUUCUCACCAACCACUUGAUCAACAUGUUUGCAAGAUAUCGAGAUUGUGACGAAAAUGGAAGGGGUUAUACCAUAUUGUACCAACACAAAAAAGGAGACUGGAUGGUUGCUGGUGAUGUUCCAUGGACGACAUUUGUGGGGUCAGUUCGCAGGAUAGAAAUAUUGAAGAGUAGAAAGUGAAGAUGAAAAUUGUGAUUGAAAUAGGCAGUGUACAAUUUGUUCUAUAAAUUAUGUGUGUGAUAGGACACACUUUGUGCUGGUAUUUAAUAGCUCAUUGUUGAUAAAUAUUUUUUUAACUAAUAAACUAUUUGUAAACUA